AUGGAAAACAUCCCCUGUAGUGCGCAACUUGCCGCGGUGGUGAUUGACAUUCCACGAGACCGUGCGAACGACAUUCCACAAGACCCUUCGGACUCGGAGUUGGCAGAAUGGUGUAUCUACAAGGUCCCCAAGCAACUGCGCAAGGUAAACGAAGAAGCCAACACUCCUAAGCUAGUCUCAAUAGGACCCUUUCAUCACAACCAGGUUGAAUUGGAGGACAUGGAAAAGCACAAACAGAGAUAUUUUGUGCAUUUCUUGAAACGGACCGAGAAGAGUCCCAAUGAUCUUCUAAAGAUCAUUAAAGACGACAAAAAAAAAAUCCGUCAUUGCUAUUCAGAGAUCUUUGAGCGCAUCAGUAGUAGUGAAGAACAUUUUCUGGUAAUGAUUCUAUUGGAUGCCAUCUUUAUAAUUGAGCUCUUCUUAAAAACCUCUAAAAAAGAACCGGAUUACAUAUUGAGUAAGCCAUGGCUGGUAAAUUAUUUACUUUAUGACUUGAUAUUACUCGAGAAUCAACUUCCUUUUUUUGUUCUUGAGAAAUUAUAUAUGUUCGCCUUCAAUGACUCUUCCGGUUGCAACCAUCGCAAACAAGGCAAGCAAAUUGAGGAACACAAAAAGGACCUGAAGAAAGAGGAUGCUCCCUUUGUCAGGCUUUCUCGCAAAUACUUUUCUCACUUUGAUAAGGAGAAAGAAUCCAUUAUAGGAGAGGAAGUAAAGCAUUUAACAGAUUUGCUAAGAUAUAUGUUCUGUUCAGUACCAGAGCUGAUUCAGCAACCUAGAAAACCUAUGGUUAAUAUAUAUAGUGCCACAAAGCUUGACUACGCAAGAUUGAAAUUCGAAGCAGCUCAUGAGAGACGAUUACUUGACAUAACAUUCUCUGGGAAUGAGUCGAAAUGGUCUAUCUUGACAAUCCCACAACUUGUGAUAGACGAUAAUAUUGAAGUAGUUUUCCGAAACCUCAUAGCCUUGGAGCAGUGUCAUUAUCCAUCUGAACCGUACAUCUGCAAUUAUGUUUCGCUAAUGAACUAUAUAAUCAACACCGAACAAGAUGUGAAAUUGCUUGUUGAGAAAGAUGUCAUUGUGAACCAUAUCGGUAGCAACGCUAAAGUGGCAACUCUAUUUAGCGAACUCUGCAUUCAGAUGUUGGUAACUGCUUCCUGUUACGCUUCUCUAAGUGUAGAGAUUGAUGAGUACUGUAAAAGCUUUUGGAACCGCAGCAUGGCAUCCAUUAAAGGAACAUUUUUUCGUGAUUUUGGGAGAAGCAUUGCAACUGUGGGCGCCCUACUUGCUUUGUUGGGUCUCUUUAGUUCUUUUCUCUCAAAAUAA